AUGACGGCGACCUCGGCGGCGUCCGUGGCCGACAUUCUGCUCCUGCCCAAUGGGAACUGGACGAACGCAGACUGGGACCGUGCGGACGCGGUAUGGGAGAGGUCCAAGAAGCGAGCAUCCGUCACUGGCAGGUGCAACGCGCAGACCCAGAAGUGCGAGAUCGACUUUGCGCGCUUCAAAGGGACGCACGGCUUGGACACGCUGCUCAAGGAACUUAACUUGCCUGAGCGGUUUUACGCUGCCUGCCAUCCAGAAACUCCCUGCGAAACCAACUAUGAUUGGUGCCUGUGGAACACCCACCCGGCGCAGGCCGCAAACUGUGCCAACGAGCCGCACCACCGGGAAUUAAUCGUCAGCAAUCGCAAGACGCACUGGUUUAACGGGGGCCCUGCGGGCAGAGUCACCCACGUGGAGCACAAGCCCGGCCGGAUCGUCGUCGACCAUGGGUACAAUGGCCCGAUCAUUCGCGGGAACAUCCGGUGCGUCGCCUUAGGGUACGUUGAGCUUGACCCAUUUGACAAGACAACUGGGCCUUGA